UUAAGUCAAUAUAAAUGAUAUCAAUGUUAUAUUUUUACAGAAUGUUCUUUUCAUGUUGAUUUUAUGAAAACAGUCAAUCACAAAAGAACAACUGUGGGUUUUCACAGAAAUGGUCACAAAACUCUAAAUAACUGAAUGAAUAUGCCAUCUGACAUAUGCCAAUUAUAACCCCAUAAAAGUGCCAUCUUUAUAACACAAACAUUAGUGUAUUAAAUACUUGUGAAACAAUUCAUGAAUGACUAAACAGAAUUGUUGUUUUUUAGGGCAGCCCUGUGAUUAACCAAAACACGUUUCAGCAUGCCACAUAAUAACAGACUGGAGAAGUUCAGCAAAAAGUGAAUCAUUCAACAUAAAUUAUUUUCAGAUUCAGUUUGUUUGUAAAUGUUUAGUUUAUACCUUAGGCUGUUAGAAACCGCAUAUUUCAAAACCGUAUUUCUUACUCUAACAUAUAGACACAUAUGGGGUAUCAGUCUUCAUGUGGGAUACACUGGAAUAAAAGAACAAAAUAAAGAAAGUGAAUUAAAAAUUCCCCGUGUUUAAGUGGAAAGUAGCCUAACGUCUUAAGUUUCUUUUCGGUUGUGUUGAAAUCAUCUCUUUCGCCUUUCAAAUCCGUUCGCACAAAUGCAGCAUAUAAACCCAACAUCUUCUGUUAGUCUUUCACCAAACGACAAACACGAUACAAGACAAGUCAACGAGGUAAGCACUCGGUAACUCCUGGCAAAUUUAUAUUCUGAUAUUGGUCUAGCUGUUUGAAUUACAAUUAAACGUCUGCGUUUGACCCUACAGGUAUUCAAUCCCGUAUAAUCAUCUAUUAAAAUGGAUCUGCGUUGUGUGGCCUGGUUGUGCAGCAUCAUCUGCUUUGCGCAUGUUUAUUCACUUCCAACAAACUGCAUGCUUCAGAAGCACUUAAUAAAGACAUCAUAUACUCUUCUGGAUACUAUGGGGGGUCUUUUUCCUGAGCAAUGCCUGGAGGACGAUGUUAAAAUUAAUUUCCCUCAAAAUGUUUUCGAGGCAAACAAUGCGCAACAGGUUGGUGGCGUUGAAAAUGCCAUUUACCAAACACUGCAGAAUAUUGAAGCUUUGUUUCAGAAUGAUGGUAUUCCCAACGAGUGGAAUGAAAAGAAGUUGGAUGGUUUUUUACACACCAUAUAUCGCCAGAUCGAUCACAGCAAAUGCAUCCUGAGCAAACCUGAAGCUGGACAGCAUUCUCUUGAAAGAGAUGCAGCGCUCAAAAUUUAUUUUGAGACCAUAUCCGCAAAUAUGAAGCAAAAGGAUUUCAGUUACUGCGCAUGGGAAGUCGUGAGAAAGGAGGUUCUGCGCACCCUUGACUUCAUAUUAAAACACAACACAGACAUCAUGCUAUGAGACCCCGGACAUUUACUCUAAUUUUAUUUAUUUAUUCGUAUUUAUAUUUAUUUAUUUAUUUAUUUAUGCCUAAUGUUGUAACGAAAACACAACUUUUUGCAUCUAAAAGCUGUUGUGUCUUUCCAUUUAGCACUGAAAAGCAAU